GUACUAGUGCCAGUAGCCUCCAUCAGGGCUCGCCUGUCUCAGGAUCGGAAGCGAGCGAGUCCGGCUCCGUGUGUGCGCUUGAAUUUGACAUGCGACGGCGGGUGAGAUGAUGUCAAACUGACAGCGACGGAGGCUACGGAGAGAGCAGAGAGGCAGAGGCAGGGUAGCAAGGGCUGAGUAGAAUGCAUAGAAGACUGUCGCAUCCAAGGGCCUGCCUCCCCCUGUGCGUCCUGCGUAUCCUCAUCUACUGUCCAUUUGCCCUUUCUCUUGUCUGCUCCAGCCUCCAUCUGCUGCUGCUUCUUCUUCUCUUCCUCUUCCCAAUCGCCAUUCACAACCACACACACACACACACAGACACCGUGUAUCAUCACUCAUCCAUCAUCAGCAGCGCGCAUUCCUCCCUCCAGACAUACUCAUCGCUCGAGGCGCAUACACAUCACUCUCCCUGCCCCAAAAGGCCCAUCACCACACGCGGGCCUCCGUACAGAGAGGAAGCGCAUUCUCUCCAUCCACUUCCCACUUGUCACAGUAUACAGGUCAACAGAUCGUCGGUGAUCAGCACUGUCAAAUACACCAUCUCCCAAGCUAUCAUUGCAUCAAGGCUGUUGCUUGCAUCCAGUGCGCACAGGCAAGUCCAAGAGGCACAGACAGCGGGCGCCCUUCCAGCGGAUCACCAAUCUCACCUUGAAUAACCGAAUCCCAAGGUGUUUGUGAUGAGCACCGAUGCUGCAAACCUCCUCGGCACCUACUCGAAGCAUGAGCGCCAAUCCUCCAUCGACUAUCGCCGCACAUCGCCGCAUACCAUCAAGGAAGAACAGCAGCAACAUCAAGCGCUAGACCCGUACAGCCAGUACAAACCCUACGAGCAUCAACCCGUCGACCCGUUUGCAUUGAUUGAUGGAUUCCGACAAGAUCCCUCCACUGCAUCACAAAACCAACACGACAACAGCAACCACAACGCC